AUGGCCACCUCUCCCAUGUACGCACAGCAGACGCAGCGGCUUCAAGUACCUCCCAGCUAUUACACGAUCCCGCACGGUCCGGACUCGGCCUCGCUGCAAAUGUCGACGGCUCAACAAGAGUCAUACGACGCUUACACCGCAGAAGCAAGUGCCCUUCCACCAACCCAGCAUCGAGCGUCGUCGGGGGCUUGGAGCACCGCUGAUGACAGCAAACUCGUCCAAGCCAGAGCGCAGGGGCUCAACUGGGGGCAAAUCAAAGACGGAUACUUCCCAACCAAGAGCGCCAAUGCCUGUCGCAAGCGCCACGAGCGUCUGAUGGAGCGCAAGGGCGCGGAUGACUGGGACACGCGAAAGUUCCAGCAGCUGGCGAAAGAGUACAUGGCCAUGCGAAAGGACAUUUGGAGCGGCCUGGCCGCUCGAACCGGCGAGAAGUGGAACGUGGUCGAAUCCAAGGUAAGGCCCACGACACGCAAACACACAGCGUGUCCGUCACGCCGUCGAACCCAUCCCCGUCAACCACGCAUUGCCGAGACUCCCGCGCUGACCACGCCGUCCUCUCUCCCCCCCCCCCCCCCCAAGAACCUCCAAGCGGCCGCCCGGCAGGCCUCGCGUCGCGAACGCCUCGAGACUGGCUCUCACAUGACAGGGUAUGACGACGACAGCGGCAUUUCCGGCAUCGGCCUGACCCCCGUUGAUGAACUAGACGCAUCCUACAGCAGCCCUGAGACGGGCUCCUCGAUGGGCGCCGCGACGCGCUCCUUCUCCUCGAGCUCCGCGCCCGGCUACCAGCUCCGAGGCCACGCGGCCGCCCACCCGCACCUCCGCCCCGUCGGCGGCCCCGGCCCCGGCCCCGGCCCCGGCGACCAGACCUCGUACGGCCUCGGCGCCUACACCGCCUCCUACGCGGUGCCCCCCCACGGCUACUCGUCCAGCGUGAGCUCGUCGGCCAGCAUGAGCCACCGCUACGCCUCCCGAGGAAACAGCCCCUACCUGGACACGCAGCGGCUCGCCCACGCCGCCGAAAUGGGCAUCGACAGCCUGAUCAACCGCUCCGCCGCGCGGUAG